AUGGCAACCCAGACCAUCCAGCCUAACGGGGAAAGGAAGGCUUGGGAAGAGCAAGAGAUACCACCCUUGGCUUACCGAGGGCUCUGCACGGACAGAGUCCAGGAGGAAUUCCUGGAGCUGCUGGAGCUCCUGGUCUCCUGCGCUCGCACCUAUGUUGCCUCGCUGGCCGCCAUGGAGGAGUUCCACCUCAGCCUCUCGCAGUGCGUGGUCCUGCGCUAUCACUGGAUAGACCCCUUCGUCCGCUCCCUCAAGCAGCGCCUGGCUCCCUUCCACAGGUUCUUCUGUGUGGCUGACCAAGUGAAGGUUUACACCAACCAGAACAAAACCAGGACCUUUAUUGGCUUGGAGGUCUCUGCUGGGCAUUUCCAGCUGCUGGAGCUGGUCUCGGAGGUGGACAGAGUUCUGGAGGAAUUUGACCUUCCCACAUUCUACAAGGACCCGUCGUUCCAUAUCAGCUUGGCCUGGUGUGUCGGGGACAUGUCCGACAGGCUGGAGGGGCAGUGUCUGCAGGAGCUCCAGGACAUCGUGGACGGGUUUGAGGACUCGGCGUUCCUGCUGCGUGUCCAGUGGGAGCAAAUCCAUUGCAAGUCGGGGAACAAGUACUUCUCCUUCCCCUUGAGGUAG